AUGGACAGACUUGUCAAUACAAUGUCUACGGAAAAGGCACAUUUUCAAAAAGCAUUCAGCACAUUAAAACCGGCCUGUGACGCUUUCAUAACUGAACCCAAUGAUGUAAACACCAAGCUCUUAAAGAAUGCAUUGUUAAUGGUUCCAGAAUAUGCUCUUACACAACUUCAGCCGUACGUUCUAAUCCCACUGGAAAUUCAUUUAAAAACCAACAAAUCUAACUGUACGUUAAAUGUGUUGGAUGUGCUGACAACUUUGUUGAAAAAAACAUCUAUUAGUUUGUGGCCUACGUUUAUGCGAAUAUAUAAAAUGUUGGUAGAAAAGUUGUCUGUUGAAAAAAAACCAGAUAUAGCGAUGAAUUUGAAUGAAGAUAUCAAACUGUCAAUCAUUAUUGCUCUUAACUUAUUGGUUGAAAAAGCUGAUAUUGUUGUAUUGAAUCAAAUGUAUAGUGAAGCAGAUUGCAAACAUGUUGGAUAUUUGAUAUACUUAUGCACAACAGUUAUAAAAAAGGAAAAAAUGAAUACUCUUAGAGUGGAAGCCUUAAAAUGCAUUGGAUUGCUAUCAUCUAUUUGGGAUAAAAACAUUGAUUCUAAUAGUCGUUUUCAAAUUAUUCAAAGAUUAAUUAAAUUUGUACCGGGUGUUUUGUCUGUUAGUAGUAUCAUAGUUAAUGCUACAGAUAUCCAGCACCAUUCAAUAACGGUGGCUGCUUUAAAUUUGUGGAGUACAAUUACUUCUCUAAUAAUUUGUGACGAUCAUGUGAUAGAAGAUUGCAAUCCAUAUUUAGGAGAAUCAAUUAGUAGUGUGAAAAAGGAUGACAAGAAAAUAAUAAAUGAUUGGAUUCAGGAAAACCGUACAAAUUUUAAUCUAGUAGCCACACAUAUGAUUAAAACAAGAGAGCAUCAACACUGGAGAGUUAGACUUCAAUUGGUUCGUUCUUGUGAUGAGCUGCUGAGCAAAUGUGCAAGUUCUAUGAAAUCUUCAAUAACAAAUUUAAUUGAGACAUUAAUUGUUUUGUCCGAUGAUGAACAACCAGAAGUUGAAAAACUAGCUAAUGAGUCUGUGGAUAAAUUACAUAAAAUAUUUGAUGGACAAAAUAAGAAGACUCUUUUAGAAUUAUUAGAGGAAAGUUUUUAUAUUUUAUUAUCUAGAAUCCCACGGUUUAUUAGAACAUCCAAUUAUAUUAAACAAAAAACCGAAUUAUCUUUAUUGUCUGGAUAUAUAAAACUUUUUGGUAAGACUCAUUUAUCACGAGUGCUCAAUUCAUAUGUUCAUCUAGAUCGUUUAACAACAGUCCUAAUUCAAAUAUUAGAGCUAGAAUAUAAAACAAUUACCUUAUUAGAAGAAUCAUCAAUUAGAGAUCUAAAUUGCAUACAAAAUAUAACUACUGAUAUGUUUAUAAAUGCACCUUGGAAACAACUGAUACAUUUUAACGAUACUUCAGCGUUAUAUAAGAUAGAAUGUAUUUGUAAAUUAAUUGGGUUGUAUGGUGACUGUAAUUUUAUUGGUCGAUAUUUAAUGGAUUUAUUUGAAUCAAAAAUAAUGUAUCGAAAAGAGAUAACACUAUUAAUGAAUAUGAUUCUUUCAGAAAACAGUGGAGAGUGUCAUUACAGUAUUGUGAGGGAUGUAAUAGAUUUGUAUUUAGAAUGUGAUUUUUGGUAUUUGCCUACUAGUAUUGAAAAUGAUUCUACAACAAAUAUAGCUGAUGCACAAAAAAAUGUUGUACAAAUUUGUCUCAUGACUGAGGGAUUAGCUAAGUUGGUUUCAUCACUACCUGUGACUCGACAACAUUUGUGCCUAAUUCACUGUUUAUAUCCAAUACUAGAACGUGUUGGCUCCGAACAUGGCCCUAUUUCAUUAGCUGGUCAAGGAGCAAUAGCAUUACUUGCUCAUUCUGGAGGAUAUAGCAAUCCAAUCGAUCUUGUUAUAAAAAAUUCUGAUUAUUUAUCUCAUCAUUUCACUAACAAGCUAUGGUCACUCAGUAAACAUCCUGAAGUAUUAAAUGCUUUAAAAGUGGUUAUGAAUCUAAACAACAGUGAUGAUCUACUACAAUCCUUCCACACGAUGGUUACUGAUGUCCUUGUUCAGAGUUGUGAUGUUCAUCGUACAGAAAAUAUGUAUUCUUUUAUGAAAGUGUUUCAUAUAUUCGUGAUGUGUGUGAGAAAACGGGAACAAAAAUGUACAUCAUUAACUGAUUGUGUAGAAAAACCAAAAUCUUCAAAUAACUGUGUAAUAGAAAAUAUUUUGGGGUAUCACAAAAUGAUGACCUUGGAUUUGGAAAAUAAUUUGGAUGAUGAAUAUUGGAAAAAUGAAGCCGAUAGCAAUGCACCAUGUGAAAACAGUGAAAACGUUGAUGAAGAUGAUGAAGAUAACAAAAAAUCAUUACCACCAUAUAUUCAAAUGGUCCUCUCUAUAAUGAAACGUGUAUUGCAUUAUUUACCAUCAAAACACAAUUCUCUUCCUUUACAAAUUCUAAAUGAAGGUCUAAAUGUAAUAUCAAACUAUGAAAACCAAUUGUUGCCAAUGGUUCAUAAAAUAUGGUCACCACUGUGUACUAAAUUCAAUAACAAUACUGAUGAUAUAGUGUUUCGUGAAGCGUUCAACGUGUUGACCACAAUGGCAUCCACAGCUAAGGAUUUUAUUCGUUCCCGUUCACUUAAGCAAGUUUUGCCAACCAUAAUAGACCGCUUGGCAUCUAGUGCAAAGCAAAGUAAUAAUAUUCUAAAAGGAAGUGUUUACUUAACUAGUCAUAAAUAUAAAAUGCAGCAUACCAUAUUGAGUGGUUUAGCAGAUUUUGUAUUAAAUUUGAAUUUUUUAGAGAAAGAUAUGUAUGAUGUGUCCAAUUCAGUUGCACAUUAUUUAAAAAAAGACCAGCCAAUUGAAUUGCAGAAUAAGUCUAAAGAAUUCUACAGAAAACUGUAUGAAAAACAUUCCGAUUUUGUAUGGAUUUAUUUACAAUCAUUGAUAUUAGACGAAUACGAGUUUAAAUCUGAGCAUGUACGACUUCCUACGAUUAAGGUUUGCUGUUCAUCAAUAUUUAAAAAAUCGAACAUUUCAAAAAAUGUAUCAGAACUACUUGAACUUUUAAACAUAUAACAUUUUUUUAUUUACUGUUGUAGAUAUAUUUUUUCUUUAAUACUGGUCUGUGAUAAAUAUUGUGUUCCAUUUUUACUCAACUCAUAUUGUAUGCUAAUUUAGUAUAUAGGUACCUAUAUAAUAAAAUAUGAAUAUUUUUACUAUGUCCAAUGCUUUUAACUUUAAGUAUUUAAGUGUCAAUAAUAAAUGAUGUUUUUAUUGUUUUUAAAAUUUGAUUUUAUGUAAAUGUAUUAUGGAUAAGCUUUAUGAUCUACAAGUAUCAUUUUGUUACAAUCAUCCACAAUUCAAUACUUUUAACUAUUUAGUAUGUUAAUAUUGUGUUAAGAUUAUAAGUUUUUCUUUGA